ACAAUAGUUACAGAAAUAUUAUUAAAAUUAUGACUCUCUAAAUUAUUCAGGUCAAGUCUCUUAUGAAGUAUUUUUUACAAACAUAAACCUCGCUGAUGCCACAAAAGAAUUAGAACACACAGAAGCGAGCUCUGAGAAUCAAUGAAAUCAAAGUUUUUCAAACAGUGAAUGUAAACAUUCACCGUUCUUAGCUGUUCUACUCGGGUCAAUCGUAGUGAAAGUCGAGCAGGCAUUCGCGAUGAAAUAUUCUAUUGAACAGGUGUCUCAAAGCAUCUGAAAUUUCUAAAAGUGAAAGAAAAUUAAUUGUGAAGUGACGUAACGAAGGAAAGACGUAUGGCGAAGUAAGUAAAUUAUUAAAUCUAAAUAGAUAUAUAAUAAUACAUUAUAUUCUUAAACGAUCGAAAUCUGAGGGAUUGGGAAAAGUACCAUCAAAUUGUAACUACCGUUGUAAAAUACGAUGUUCCGGCCCGUUAAGCCGGAUUACGAUAUCUGGUAAUUACCUGUUUUAAUUGCGACCUGUAACCGCUGUUAUCCGCAGAUACGUACCGCGGUAUGGCGCAUUGGCCUAACGUUUAAAACCGAGAUUUUCUCCGAAGAUUAUAAGCAAUUACGUAAUUCCGCACUUAACUUUAUAGCUGAAAUAUCAAGAGCAACUGGAGCAGCUUCUUUCCGCGGCAAAAAACUGAAGAACCGAAGAGUUGUAAAGGCACAGAAUUGAGGUACAGGUAAAUAACAAUUGAGGUACAAUUACGCAAGGUGUUUAAUGAAAAUGAUCGUCAAGGAAGUGAGUGUUAACUAUAAACAUCUGAAAAACCUAAUAACGCGUUAAUAGACUGCAUUUUUAAAAAAUCGAAUUUCAAAAAGUGCAGUUAGUUAUAUAGCAAAGUUAAUCAGUAAAACCUAAUUAGAACAUUCAUAUCUGAAUAAUACCGUCUAGACGUUCGCGAUUAUCGUACAAACAAAACAAGACAUUACGUAUUCUUUACUCUCAUUUGCAUGAAUGAUUAGUUUCCGAGUUUUACGAGUGCAUGACAGAACGCAAUUAAUGGCAUUAUUCAUUACCACGUUGCAAGAGAAACCACUAGUCAAGACCAAUUAAGAAAAUAGUAUUCUAAGAAUAAGUUACAUUUCAAAGCGUUGCUAAACGCGUGUUUGCAUAACCCGCGAAAAGAAAGUAAAACAAUCACGCCCUCUAUGCCGAAAAUAGUCAAAGUCGAGGCGCGCUCAAAGCGGGUUCCAUGUGAAAUCACGUCGCGCAACGAUGUUGUUAUCUCAAAGAAAUUCGAAGAUAAAUACAAGCACGGCCUGUAGAGCCAGGGACCGAUGGAAACCGGUAGUAUCAUCGCGACUCUCCGUCUGUAAACACGGUCGCGUGUACGAGCGAGGUAAUACCAACGGUUAGAGGUUACAUCAGUCGGGACGCGAGUUUCACACGAGCUGAAACGAAUCGUUGGCAUUGCUGGACUAUCGGUAAAUCGUUAUCGCGCAACGAGCCUUGAUAGAAAGUAAAAGUCUCGUUACGAUCAAUCUGGUUCUUCGAUUCCUUCGCGCGACUCCGUUUCUUUUUUACUGUUCGCGCGACCGCGAACCGAGUACCGGCUCGGUGGCUAGCGUGUCGUUCGUGUUUGUCGGUGUGUUUGUGUGCUGGUGUGCGUGGGACGGUAUACAGUGCGCGUGCCACUCGUCUCUUCUCGACAGAACGACAUGACGGCGGAACAUGAAAGCGAUACGAGGGUGAGGUUAAGGAGGACGAAAAGUGUGACCAGGGCCGAGGAAAUCCAGAAAGCCGAGAUGAUGGCGCGGAAAUCGCAGCCGGACAAACCGUACGGAAUUAGAGUGGAUCCGCGGCAAUGGAUUAUGUUUGUCGGGGGCAAGUACGAGGACAGCGAGGAGUAUCCUUCGAUUCUCCUCAUCAUCUAUUCCAACGUCCCCGUUGUACUGUGUUUGCUGAUCGAAAAGGGACUGUCCGCGGAUAUCAUAGCUCACGGGCCAGGAAUGGUGUUCCACGUCGUAAACCUCAUCGUGAUGGUUCUGGUGCCGAUGGUGGUCAUCCACGUGAAGGAUUCCGGAUUCAGCCUGUUCGGUGCCAUGUACGUGUGCAUGCUGUACGCCAUCCUGUUCCUGAAGCUAUGGUCGUACGUGCAAGUGAACAUGUGGUGUCGGCUGAGCAGUCGAAGAAAGACAGUGAGCCAGGGCAGAAUACGACGGCAAUCCCUGUCGUACAACAAUCUACAGUCCCCCAGCGUGAACGUUGCAGAGGUCGACGACUCGAAGCACGAAGUAGACGGUGCUGGUACCUUCUUGGUGCAAUAUCCGGACAACCUGAAUCUCCAUGAUCUCUACUACUACAUUCUGGCCCCUACGCUCUGCUAUGAACUGAAUUUCCCUAGGUCACAAAGGAUUCGCAAAAGAUUUUUGAUUAAACGGAUCGUGGAGGUCGUGGUCGGCUGCCAAGUGGUCAUGUCGCUGUUUCAACAAUGGAUGGUCCCGUCCGUGAAGAACUCGUUGGUGCCGUUCAGCAACAUGGACGUGGCGAAGGCUUCCGAACGGAUGCUGAAAUUAGCUAUACCGAACCAUCUUGUCUGGUUGUGCUUCUUCUACUUGAUAUUUCAUUCGUUCCUGAAUCUGAUGGGUGAACUGUUGCAUUUCGCUGAUCGGAAUUUCUACUGCGACUGGUGGAACGCGAAUAACAUCGACACUUUCUGGAGAACAUGGAACAUGCCGGUGCAUCGAUGGGCUUUGCGGCACUUGUACAUUCCUAUCAUCGAGAUGGGGUACGGAAAAUCGACCGCCUCUGUCACCGUGUUUUUUAUCAGCGCCUUCUUUCACGAGUAUCUCGUGAGCGUACCUCUGAAGACGUUUAAAACGUGGGCGUUUAUGGGAAUGAUGGGACAGAUACCAUUAUCGUUGCUAAGUAAGAAGGUGGAGCAACAUUGGGGCUCAAGAUGGGGCAAUAUCACGGUGUGGGCGAGCCUCAUUAUCGGACAACCACUUUGCAUAAUGAUGUAUUAUCACGAUUACGUGGUAACUCAUUUCGGUGAGACGCUGAUCGAGGAUUAUUCCGUAGUGUAAAAUGACAAAUGUAGACAGGAAUCGACGAUCAACGAUGAGGAGACCGGAUUUCGUGUGCUAAUCGCCAAUCAUUUUAUUUUCACGAUUUCUUUCUUCGCUUGUGUGUUGAUUCCUCGUGAACUGUUUUCGGGGAUCGUUCAGAUAAUUGUUCGUUAUUUCGAAUAAAAAUGAAAACGUAAAAGCAUGUAUACCGUGUAGAGAUGUUGCUAUUGAUUUAAUCUUUUCCAUUUCAAUUUGAUAGGUACAUAUAUUUGAAACUAUUCACUUAGAUAUUAUUUGUUCAACGUACGAGAGGCUUUUGUGAAAGAAUUUAAGAGACUAUUUUUAAUUGAGAAUCAUUUGCACAUUCGGGUCAUGAUUGACCCAACAUAGCCGUCCAAGGAUUAAGAUAUCGGUAAGGCUAAUUGGAGUGAUUGAUGUAUGGAAAGUUUUAGAUUUCCAGCAAGUACCACCAAUUGUAUUUAUACACUUUGUAUAUUUUACCAGUCACUCUCAUUCGCUUUAUCAAUACUGUCGAUAUUCAUCAAUAGCAGCGUCUCUACCAUGUAAGCGAAACUUAGAAUCGCGAACAAGUGCCUUAAGUAUUACGCGGUGACGUGACGUUCGAUUUUCAAUCGAUUCAGCGUGAAGAAUAGAGAAGAGCAAUAGAUUGUAUGAAAAUGUGACACGUGAACGUGUGAUUUUAUUGUUUUUUGUAAAUGGGGUGAUGGUUUCGAGUUGACGGGUUAUUUAAUCAUUAAUUGCAGCAUUCGCAUUUUUAGCCGUAAGACUGUUAUUCACUUUAAUACGAGCAUUUCAAUAUACCUGCAUUUUUAAACGCGUUUCGUCCUCGAUCGAGCUCAAUUUUUCAUAAUUUCGCCGAGAUUAUGGUACUUUGAAUGGCCGAAAAGAAAGACAGGGUAAACUCGCAAUAUUCUCCGGGCAACGUUGAUCGACUCGCACGAUUUUAUAUUUUCUGUACAAUCAUAAACGCGUCUCGUAAAUUCACGAUACUCGACUUUUCUCGCGAUGUUAACGCGAAUAUUAACCGUGCGUUAAGACAAUAAUUCAUCGUAUUUUAUCUAUCUCGCAUCGUUUUUACUGAAAGAGUGAGAGAGAGAAACGGAUCGAGAAUAUUAACCGUAGUAAAUUUAUCCUAUCGCGAUAAAUUUGUCCGGAGCUGCGUAUUUGGCAAAUAUUUUAGCCGGUCGCGCGUAUCGCGAAAGCAUUUACGACGAAGCAGAUGCCGAAGCGGAGGAUUUAACGAGCCAACUUUCAUUGUACGCGAACAGCGACGAUUUUGUAGAUUUCGUUCGGUACUCGCUAUCGCGUGCCACCGCGAGCACAGACUGGUUGUCGAAUAAACGAGAUCUUUGUUA